AUGGGACAUUUAGGUCCAGACCAUGACACCUACAAGCAACCCGAUGCGAUAGAGGCCCGCCAAUGGAAGCCAUCGUCAACAACAACACUGGAUGCUCCUGCGGCUCUGGCUGCGUCUGCCAAGAAGGAGAAUGUGGAUGCAACAACUAAAGAGUGCAGCAACAAAUCAUUAUUCGAAAACGAAUACGAAAGGCUGCAAACAAUGUCCUCUAUGUUUGGUCAAAAGCUUUCAAAGGAGCUAUGA